AUAUCCAUUACUAGAUAUAAGUGAGCUUCGGUACAUUCUAUAAUGACGCGUUACGAACGGCCUGUCCCCGUUUCAACAUGCCACAUGAAAAUCACUAGUUUCCAUUUUCGAGCACGGUGAUCAGCGUAUUUUGACAUUGACAUUUAACCACCGUCCGUAAUUACCGAUUUUCAAGAAUAAAUAAUCCAACAGUGUGAAGAAACACGUUUCACGAAAGGUUUAGGAUAAUUAAUCGAGUACCCAAUGGCUGACCUAGAAAUCUCUGCGGGCCAGAGGAUGCGAGAACGCUGGCUAAUUCAUCAUCGUCCGGGCCUGACCGGGGGCCCGUCGAGGCGAACCGCGUUUCCAAACGAUAUGAGUUACGACCGGGACGGGGUGUUAGGCGUUCCGUGCGGGUGGAUCGUGUUUUACCGUGACGGAGACACGCCGGCCGAGGAGAGGAAGAGGCCAACUGGAACGCGGAGUUCGCACGAGUGCGCGAAUUCAAUGGAAGACAAGACGAACGUAAUUGAUGAUGAUCGCCGAGUGUCUCAACAGAUUUACCGCGCGUCAGUCCAAUUCGACGCGGUGGCUAAUUACUCACUUCAUCGUCGCGCGACCAAUCAGCACAACGGUACGUCACAAAAACGAUAUUAAUGAAACGAAUAUAUCUUUGCAGGAUUUACUACGCUACGCCUGUCGUAACCGUGAAGAGUGUAAUAAAAAGUGAACGGCG